AUGUAUUUCUUCGAAAUCCUUCAACAAGAUCAUCAUCAUCAACAAGACGAGGCUAAAAAUGCUGCUACAUUAAUAGGCACAGAAGACCAUAGCGCUAGUAGUACUCAUCAUGAACAAUACAAUAUUACCAGAGAAGAGAAUGAACUAGUCUCUCUUUCUCUAGGGUUUUCUUCAUCCAAAGAUCAGAAUUACAAAAGUUGCAAUUAUAGAAAUUCUCUAAGAGAGGACGAUCAGAAGGAUUUGGGACAAUCAUCAUCAGGGCUUGCUCUAGGGCUUGAUGUCAGAUUUGACCCUACAUCAUCAUCAUCAGCUGAAGUUGAAAGUACAAACAUCAUAACCAUUGAAGGUACCUCUGAUGAUGAUGAUGAUGAUGAUGAGAUGCAGCCACGCAGUAAGGUUCUCAAGAAGAUGAGGACUUCUGAAGAUCACAGUAUUACUGCUUGUAAAGCUACUCAACAACUUCAUCAUCAGCUCAAGAAAACUAGGGUUUCUAUCCGAGCCAGAUGUGAUACCCAAACGAUGGAUGAUGGAUGUCAAUGGAGAAAAUAUGGACAGAAAAUAGCAAAGGGAAAUCCAUGCCCAAGGGCGUACUACAGAUGCACUGCGUCACCAUCUUGUCCUGUCAGAAAACAGGUGCAAAGAUGUGCUGAGGAUAUGUCCAUCUUGAUAACCACUUAUGAAGGAACUCAUAAUCACCCUCUUCCUAUCUCAUCACCCACACCUUUCACCUCCUUAUCCUCCAUUAUUGCUCCUCUAGCUCCUCCUCCAUCUUCGUCACAACAAAAUACAAAAUUCGCCACGAAAAUUUACAACGAAAAUCAGGAAAAGUCUUUACCUUCCAUAAUCUUCAAUAAUAAUGUUCUCAAUAGCUUGUCUAGUGCCUCUUCCAUUUCAAGACCAUCACCACCACCAUAUCAGCAUCAGUAUUUCCCAAACUCUUCCAUUAUCUUUAUUUCACCACAACCACCACCUUCUUCUUCUUCCUCCUCAUCCUCCUCCUCUCAUCAUCAGUUCACCAGAACAUUCACUUCCUCGGGCUUCUCUUCCAUUAAUGGAACCGUACUACUGGCCCCCCACCAGAUGAACAGAUCAAGCCAAAGCAGUGAUGGUAAAGAACCAUUAACAAUUGAAGAUGAAACAAAAGCAAUCACCAGUACUAAUCCCAAGUUUCAGUCAGCCAAUAUUGCAGCAGCUCUCACUUCCUACGUCAAUACUAAUAAUAAUGGAGGUAGCAGAAAUGGCUUGGACUGCAUAUUUAAUCAACAUCAAGCAGCGUCUAGAAGCGGCUAUAACUCUGGUUCCGCUUAUUCAGAUAGAAGCAAGCUGAUGCUGGAACAGUGGAAGAGAAAGAAUUUGACUAUUGCUCCGAAGGAAUCAAACCUCUGAUCAUUAGUGAGAGAAAAAACAAGGGGUGAAGAUACGGAUCCAUGUCUUCUGAAAAUUGAAGAUAUGUGAAG